UUAACCACCCCCCCAGGCCGAUUCCCUAUCAACAGUUUAUUUCUUGAGCACCUUUGGGCCAGGAGCUGAGUCCGUGAUCUGGGCAAACUGUUAAGGCCUCUCUGUGCCUCACUUUCCUUGUCCGUACAAUGGGGCUAAGCACAGACCCCACCUACUGGGUUGUAAGGAUGACUCGCUGAGUUGAUCCAUGCAGAGUCCUGACACACACGGAGAGCUCAAACACGAAAUACUGGUGGUGCCGUCAGUCGGCCAGCAAGCGUCAUGUGCAAAGGCCCUGCAGUGGCCUGUACCAGAUGGCCGCGGAGGGUAUGGAGGGGGUGAGGGUGCAGGCAGGGCGGGGUUUCCUGUGAUGCCAGGAGCUCUGAGCUCGGGAGGGCACUGUGUGAUGACUACAGGGCAGAGGGCAGCCGGGCAGGGGCUGCUGCGGUGCGAGGCAGAAAAGAGCUGGCAGCGCGCAGAGGUGCCGAGAAGUGUGGCCCAGACAGGGUGCAUCCUGGAGGCCGAAUCGGCAGCACUGCCCAGGGCAUAGGAAAAAGAAAAUCGAGAGGGUCUGGUGGUCCCAAGGCUUCAGGGGAAGGGGGGGCACCUCGCCUGCCGCGAGGGAGGCAGCGUUGGAACAUUAGAGGGGCCUCGGAAAGGGUGGGGUCCAGGUGAUCUGGGCAGGGGCGGGGCCCGCAGUGUGGCCUUGGCAGUGGCAUGGGAAAGGCAGGGAGCAAGCCGUGCUGACAGCCUCCCAACCAAGAGGACAAGAGCCCCACGCCUGCCCGGCUGCUGAUCAUCCACGCCCUGCCACCCUCAGGGCUCUGGUGGACAUUCUGCGGCACCAGGGGGGCCCUGGGACCCGCCCGGACCGAGCCCGAAGCAGCUCCCUGACCCCGGGUAUCGGUGGUUCCGACAGCAUGGGCCCCAGGACGCCGAAGAACCUCUACAACACCAUGAAGCCGUCCAACCUCGACUGGCGCCCGGUGCCCCCACCCAGUCCCCCACUGCACUACUCCACGCUGUCCUGCUCACGGUCCUUCCACAACCUGUCACACCUGCCCCCCUCCUACGAGGCGGCCAUGAAGUCGGAGCUGAACCGGUACUCCUCCCUCAAGAGGCUGGGUGAGUCCACCAGGGGGCAGCCCCCGGGGCAGAUCAGGCUGGGUGGGUCAGGCCCAAGGGCAGUGUCUAGCUCUAUCCAGAGGCCCAAAAGCUGUCAUCUGAAGCCCGGUGUGGUGGUGCACGCCUGUGAUCCCAGCACCUGGGAGGCUGAGGCAGCAAGUGUGAGUUCGACGCCAGCCUGGGCUAUCAAGAGAGACCCACUCUCAAAGCUCCCAGGCCUGGCUCCCAGUUUUGAUCACAGCCAUUCCUGAACCAGCUGCUGGCAGUGACGGCUUUCACACACUUUAAUCUGGGAGCUCAGGAGAAAAUGAGCAUUUGAAGCCCACAUAAGUGCACAUAUUAAUUACAGAAAAGUUUGAAGCUUUUAUUAGUGGACAUUUUCAAAUAUUUGCAAAAGCAGAGAAAAUUAAACAUAAGUUCCUUCACCUGCUUUAGCACUGCGCUUACAAACGACCCCAGGUACCAUGUCCUUUCACCCUCCAGCACUUCGCUCUCACGGCCUGAGGUCUGAAGCCGUCUCCUCCCCUUACCCCGCCGACUGAGGGCGCUGUUUCUUGGAGAAGGGGGAGGAGAGGGGAGGAGGGAGGCUCCGGGCCCAGGCCUGGGGUGCAGCGCGGCUCGGCCGCCCGCGACCUC